CUUCUAAUUUGUAAGUAACAGUUGAACCCAAUAUAUAAACCCUAACUCUUUGAUUUUCUGGGUUUAAUUUGAUGGAAGACCCAUUUAAUCCGAUGGAAGAAGCUCCUUCUUCUCCAACCAGUUCGGAUAUGGAAUCCAUCGGUUCUUCUGUGAUUCCAAUAAUUAACAGAUUACAAGAUAUCUUUGCACCGUUUGGGGGAUUGUCGAAGAUCAAAUUGCCGCAGGUUGCUGUUGUUGGAAGCCAAAGUAGUGGGAAAUCGAGUGUGCUUGAGGCUCUUGUUGGAAGGGAUUUUCUUCCACGUGGUUCAGACAUCUGCACUCGGAGGCCACUGGUUUUGCAGCUGGAGCAUCGGCCAAUUCGAUCAGAGAAUGAUGAUAAGAGGGAGUGGGGAGAGUUUCUGCAUUUGCCCAGGAAGCGAUUCUAUGAUUUCUCUGCCAUUCGCCGCGAAAUUCAGGCUGAAACUGAAAGGGAAGCAGGAGUGAACAGGGGUGUCUCAGAUAAGCAGAUUCGUCUCAAGAUAUCCUCUCCUAAUGUCCUUAACGUAACACUGGUUGAUUUACCUGGAAUUACUAAGGUCCCAGUUGGUGAUCAGCCUAGUGAUAUUGAAGCAAGGAUUAGGACAAUGAUAAUGUCUUAUAUCAAGCAUGAAACCUGUAUAAUAUUGGCUGUUUCUCCUGCCAAUUCUGAUUUGGCAACCUCAGAUGCGCUACAGAUGGCGAGAACUGCUGAUCCCGCUGGUAUGCGAACAAUAGGUGUUAUCACAAAGCUCGAUAUUAUGGAUAGAGGUACUGAUGCUCGCAAGUUUUUGCUCGGGAAAGUGGUUCCACUUCGCCUUGGUUACAUUGGUGUUGUGAAUCGCAGUCAGGAGGACAUUAACCAAAACCAGAGCAUUGCGGAAGCACUUGCAUAUGAAGAGAACUUCUUUUGGAAUCGUCCUGUAUAUCAUGGUCUUUCUGAUCGCUGUGGCAUUCCUCAGUUGGCAAAAAAGUUGAAUCAGAUUCUAGAGCAGCAUAUUAGAGCAGCCCUUCCUGAAUUAAAGGCUGAGCUGAAAUCACAAAUGGUUUCUGUUGUAAAGGAAUUACGUACUUGUGGAGAAGUCAAUGAAUCAAAAGCAGAGCAAGAAGCGGUUCUGUUGAAUAUUCUGACAAAAUAUUGUGAAGCAUUUUCUUCCUGGGUGGAUGGAAAGAAUCAGGACAUGUCAACUACAGAAUUGUCUGGGGGAGCCAGAAUCCACUACAUAUUUCAGUCUCUUUUUGUAAAGAGCUUGGAGGAAGUGGAUCCUUGUGAUGAUCUGACUGAUGAAGACAUCAGAACAGCUAUCCAAAAUGCCACUGGUCCUAGAAGUGCAUUAUUUGUGCCGGAGGUCCCAUUUGAAGUUUUGAUUAGAAGACAAAUUGCUCGGUUAUUAGAACCCAGCCUUCAAUGCUUACGUUUUGUCUAUGAUGAACUGAUAAAGAUUGGUCGUGGCUGUGAGUCAAUUGAAAUGCAGCGGUUCCCAGUUCUGCGAAAGCGUGUGGACGAAGUAUUGGGAAAGUUUUUGCGUGAUGGUGUAAAACCUGCUGAGAGAAUGAUAGGGAACAUUAUUGAGAUGGAGAUGGACUAUAUGAACACAUCACAUCCAAAUUUUAUUGGUGGAAGCAAAGCUGUGGAGCUUGCAAUACAGCAGCUGAGAUCAUCAAAGGUAUCUGUAACCCCUUCAGUAAAGACAAAGGAUGGUAUGGAUAUGGAAAAGUCAACUGGGUCAGUGAAGGGCCAGAAAUCUCGAGCAAUUUUUGCUAAAUCUGUUACAAAUGGAGUUUCUGCAGAACAGGGAAUUCGACCUCAAUUAAAUAAUGACAAACCAAUAUCAGCUGGCAAUACGAGUGGAAGGGCUUGGGGCAUUUCUUCAAUAAUUGGAGGCACCAUAUCUAGAAUGCCUUCUGGAGAAAGUGUAGCAAGCAAACCUUUUAGUGAAUCCUUUCAUGAUGUUGAACAUGUACCUACUAUGAUCCAAUUGAGAGAGCCACCAGCCAUCUUAAGACCCUUAGAAACUCAGUCAGAAGAAGAAGCAGUUGAAAUAGUGGUUACUAAAUUGCUUUUGAGGUCAUACUAUGACAUCGUCAGGAAGAACAUUGAAGACUAUGUUCCAAAAGCAAUAAUGCAUUUUCUGGUCAACAAUACAAAGAGGGGCCUUCUUUGUACUUUCAUACAAAAACUCUAUAGAGAGAACCUCUUCGAAGAGAUGCUUCGGGAACAUGAAGAAGUUGUAGUUAAAAGAAAACGCACUCGAGAAAUAUUCCAGGUUCUGCAACAAGCUCUUCAGAUGCUGGAAGAAGUUGAAUCUGAUGUGGCAUCUCGAAGUUCAAAUUCGAGCCCAGGCACUGAUAUUGCCACCGGUUUGCCAAAGAUUCCAGGGCUUUCCUCCUCUUUCCACUCUACAUCCAAUGGUGAUGUCAAUUUUUCUUACACGUGAUAUUUCAAGGAUAUCAAAUCUUGCAAGGUCAGUGUUUUUUGGGGGAACAGUCAUUGUUUCAUGACCCGAACAGUGGAUACCACCAUUUGAGUUGUGGGGUUGGAAGUUGGAUAUCCUACAGAUAAACAGAGGAGCAUUUAGGCCAUAAGACUGCCUGAUGCCAGGUUGUAUAUUAGUGCAUUGUUCUAUACAUCUUUCAUCUAUACAGGUUUUUUCUUCUGAUUUUUA